AUGGCUGGCCGGCAGAAAUCUAUGAGCUCUUCCCUUAUGGGGACUCUGGCGGCCAGCUGCCUCCUCCUCACGGCCCUGUGGGUGCAGGGAGGAGCGGCUGUGCCCAUCGUGUCGCACUGCAGGCUCGACAGGGCCAACUUCCAGCAGCCUUACAUCACCAACCGCACCUUCGCGUUGGCUCAUGAGGCUAGCUUGGCAGAUAACAACACAGAUGUUCGUCUCAUUGGGACCAAACUGUUCCAGGGAGUCAACUUGAUGGAGCGCUGCCAUGUGCUGAAGCAGGUGCUGAACUUUACCCUUGAAGAGGUGCUGCUCCCCCAAUCCAAUAGAUUCAAGCCCUACAUGCAGGAGGUGGUGCCCUUCCUGGCCAGGCUCAACAAAAAGCUAGGCCAAUGCCAUAUUGAGCGUGACAACCAGAAUAUCCAGAGAAAUGUACAGAAUCUGAAGGACACAGUGAAAAAGCUUGGAGAGAGUGGAGAGAUCAAAGUAAUUGGAGAACUGUAUUUGCUGUUUAUGGCCCUGAAAAAUGAAUGCACUCGUCCAGGGCAAAGCUCGGAAAUGGAUAACUAA